ACUAGCACCCAAAUCUGUGGCGCUAAUUCCACCUCCGUGUCCUGGACGCCUAUGGCUGAUGCCACGGGUUACACAGUUGAUGCAACAUCCACAAGUGGCCACUCAGUUUUCUGUAGUUCAGUAAAUUCAUCUUGUGAGCUCAUGGAUUUAGAAUGUGGGAAGACCUACACAGCCACGAUCGUGGCCAUGGGAAGUCAGUGUGAUAGUCCUCCUGGGCCAAGCACUGACAUUACCACAGCUCCUUGCCCUCCAGUCCUCGUUUCCAAGCAGUAUAUGUGUGACAACAACACAGCAGUGAUCAGUUGGAGCGACGCAUCUGGAGGUCUCAGCUUCCACGCAGAGCUAGCCGGAGAUGGCUAUCAGGACAGUUGUAGGACUACAAAUACAAGUUGUGUCAUUCAUAAUCUUCCUUGUGGCUUGGAGCUUGGUGUUACUGUUCAGGCUGAGGGAGCAGAGUGCAAUAGCACCCCUAGUGUUUUUCAAUCACUCCAAACAGCCCCGUGCGCCCCAGAGAACGUAAGCGCCACACUGGUAUGUUCCAAUCACUCAGCCCUGGUGUCAUGGGUGGGAAGCCACAGUGCUGUUGAAUACACAGUGACGUCUACCGGGCAAGAUGCACACACACAUGAAUGUCAUACCAAUACUACAAGUUGUCAACUAUCAAACAUCCACUGCGGCGAAACAUACGACGUCGUGGUCACGCCGCACUCUGAGUCGUGUGCUGGAACACCGAGUCAAGUCUACAGCUUCCAAGCAGGUCUUUGCCCUCCAAGCAAUGUAGCUAUAUCUUCACCGUGUGAGGAUACCAGCACAGUGUCUUGGUCCAGUGUAGCCGGGGCCGAGAUGUACAUAGCCAUAGCGGUAGCCGAUGAUGAACACUCUCACAAUUGCACCUCCAGUGUUUCUACCUCAUGCCAGUUCACUGACCUUCACUGUGGGGAAAACUACUCAGUCACCGUGGUCACCGUGGACCGCGGUUGCUGGAGCGAGCCGAGUUCUGCAGUAGUAAUGCUCACCGGUCUGUGUCCACCCACUAACCUUGUGGGCGAGGUCGCCUGUGACACCAAUGCAGUCACCAUUUCAUGGGACCAGAUUCAGUUGCCAGGGGUUUCCUACAUCCUAAAAUACGAGAAGCUCUACGACGCACUUCCCCCUUUAACAUGGAUGACUGCAGACACCUCACACACACUGACUGACCUGCAAUGCGGACAGAGAUACGCCUUCUGCGUUGCGUUUGAGGAUCAGGCUUGCCACAGUAGCUACAGCCCUCCUAUGGAAUUAAGCACAGCUCCCUGCCAGCCCACAAACUUUGCUGCUCGUGUGGACUGCGGGAUGAACCACGGUAACUUCACCUGGUUUGAAAGCAGCGGAGCAACUUUUUACACAGUGGAGGUGACGGGGGAUCACGGCCACGUGGCAUCCUGCUCUUCCAAUGACACUUCAUGCGCUGUCAGACUCCAUUGUGGUCGCUCGUACUCGGCUUCGUUGGUGGCGUCCACUGAGAGUUGCAACAGCACUGAACACGCGGACAUAUAUUUUGACUCGGCUCCCUGUCUCCCAGAAAAUGUCCUAGCAGUAAUGGACUGUUACACCAAUGUGAUGAAUGUGAGUUGGUCCGAGACACCUGGUUCAGACAAUUACACGGCCUGGGCCAUCAGCUUGGAAGGACACAGAACUUCCUGCAACUCCACAUACAACAAUUGUUCCAUCCAAGACCUGCGGUGCGGCCACAUCUAUGAGGUGGUUGUCACCUCUUCCUCCGUUCAUUGUGAAAUCAUCGCUGGCUCUGACUACAAGGUCCAAGCCGCUCCAUGUAAACCGGAGAACGUCACUGGGAAUCUUAACUGCGGUGCUAACAUUUUGAGAUUGACGUGGGAUCACACCACCUCACAAGCUCAGAACUUCACUGUAGAAGCCACAUCAGCUUCAGGUGUUAACUCCAUUUGUGAAACCAAUGAGGGUAACUGCUCCUUCUUGGACCUGAGCUGUGGUCAACUCUACACUUUCACUGUGACGGGUCAUACGAACGUCUGCAUGAGUGAGAGGAGUUACCCGAUGGAGAUGUCCAUGUCCUCCGAGCGAGUUGACCGCCGAGAUGAACUGUACCACCAGAAAAGCUUUGGUUACCUGGAAUACCGCCGCUGCAGCCACAGCCUACAGCGCCCACGCAACCUCCACCAAUGGACACAACUCCUCCUGCAGUGA